UCCGAAAAGUUGCCGGUGGCCUCUGGUUGUAAGGUGAACGGCAAAGAAACUUCUACUUCCUUCCGCAAACAAAAUGCCAUGUUCUCGCGCGCUCCCAUCAUUUUGUUGUAAACAAGGAAAGACGCUAUUCCAACGAAGCUACAAAACUCUGCAUGGCGAGCGCGCAGCGAUAGGGCGACUUUGGCGAUGCCGCCUGCCAGCUUGCAACGCGCUACGCAAGGAGGAUGCGCAGUCGCCAGCGAGGACUACCAGCGUGGCGACUUGUCAGCCCGCCCCAUCUGACGGCGCCCCCGCCGCGCCCCCGCCGCUGCCCUCCAACGACUAUCUGCAAUCUCUGGAGCCCGCCGCCGCCUCCCCCGCCAGCACGGCGGCCCGGGAUGCGCAGGAUGUGGGGCGUCUGGUGGGCGUGUGCGUGGCGGUGGGCGGCUUGGCGCUAGCAACAGAGCUGAACAAGGAGUGGAUUGGCUCACACCAGGAGCUGGCCAUGACAGCUGUGUUCGUGGCGGGCUACGCCGGCAUCAUCGUGGAGGAGGGUCUGGGGCUGAGCAAGGCGGCGGUGGCUCUCAUUCUGGCGGCGGGGCUGUGGAGCAUCCGGGCCACUGCAGCGGGACUGGAGGCUCUGGACCUGGAGAUGGCCUCGGCGCUGGGUGAGGUGUCGGCGGUCAUCUUCUUCCUGCUGGGCGCCAUGACGGUGGUGGAGGUGGUGGACAGCCACCAGGGAUUCAAGGUGAUCACACAGUCGCUGCGCCCCGCCAGCCGCACGCAGCUGCUGCUGGCGGUGGUGGGCGUCACAUUCGUCAUGAGCAGCGUGUUGGACAACCUCACCACCACCAUUGUAAUGGUGGCAUUGCUGAACAAGCUCUGCCCCGAGCCGGACACGCGGCGGUUCUUGGGCGCGGCAGUGGUGGUGGCGGCAAACGCGGGCGGAGCGUGGACGCCCAUCGGCGACGUGACCACCACCAUGCUGUGGAUCCACGGCCAGAUCAGCACCGCCGCCACCAUGCGGGACCUGGUGCUGCCCUCGGCGCUGUCCGUGGCGGUGCCGGUGGCGGCGUGGGCGCUCACGGCGCCAGAGAUCACCAGCAAGGAGCCGCUGCUGCUGUCUUCCUCGCCCUCAUCCGCCCCAGCCGCUUCCUCCUCGGGGCAGAACGCCGAGGCUGCUGCGGCAGGGCCAGGCCAGGGCUCCUCCGGAUCCGGAUCUGGGUCUGGAUCCGUACCUGAGUCCGGAUCCGGGUCCGGAUCCGGGUCCGGGUCUGGUCAGGAGGCUGCGCCACCCCGCAGUAACCUGGUGUUGUCGGUGGGGCUGGGCAGCCUGCUGAUGGUGCCCGUGCUGCGAGCAUGGGCUGGCCUGCCCCCCCACAUGGGCAUGCUGGCAUGCCUAGGGUUCCUGUGGCUGGUCACAGACGCAAUCCACUUCGGGGAGGGCGACCGCAGGCACCUGACUGUGUCGCAGGCGCUCAAGCGGGUGGACAGCGAGGCAAUCCUCUUCUUUACCGGUGUGCUGCUGGCUGUGGCGGCGCUGGACAAGGCGGGGCUGCUGCGCGAGCUGGCGGCGGCGCUGAGUGCCGCACUGCCACGCCCGGAGCUGGUGGCGGGUGUGAUCGGGUUCGCCAGCGCCGUGGUUGACAACGUGCCACUGGUUGCAGCAACCAUGGGCAUGUACGACAUGGCUACCUACCCCAUGGACUCGGACCUGUGGCAGCUCAUCGCCUACUGCGCCGGCACGGGCGGCUCCCUGCUGGUCAUAGGCAGCGCGGCAGGAGUCACGCUCAUGGGCAUGGAUCGCAGCGUGUCGUUCGGCUGGUACGCCCGCCGCGUCACCCCCUGGGCCACAGCCGGCUACCUGGCGGGACUGGCCGCCUACGUGGCGCAGCAGCAGGUCAUGACGGCGGCAGCGGCGGCGGCUGGCACGACCACGGCGGCGGAGGCGGCGGCAGUGUUGGUGUCUUGAUGAGGGGUUGGUGGGUUACAUUCAUGAUUGUUUGAGAAUAAGCGAAGGCGUACCCAGGAACAGUAGGUGGGUGGGGUGGGGCCGGGGUGGGGUGGGGUGGGGGGCUGAUCAAGCCAACGGGGGCUCACUGGUGCCUUGACGGUGGGCGUGUGUGCCUGUGUGUGCCGUGAUGUGCAAGGCGUUGGUGUCUUGAUGGCAGGGGCAGUGUUGCCGUGUUGUGGGGUAGGCAGCGAUGUGGGGUUGGUUGUGAUCUGGAGCAAGGCAGUGGUUGUGGCGGUGAUGAGCGUGGCAGUGAUGAGCGAGUGCGAGGGCGGGGGCGGCAGGGGCGGCAGGGGCGGCAGGGGCGGCUGGGCGAGGGGCGAGAGCGGCGUGCGUUUGUAUCUCCAUGGGGGGAUGUGGGGCCAGGGUUCAUGCCUAGGACGUAUGAGGGAGUCAGAGAGCGAGUUUGAGUGACAGCCGGUGUAGUGAAGAGCGAGGACAGGCAGCGGGCGGACGGAUACUGGUGACGCAAAUAACCUGCCCAACACCUUGCCCAACACUACCAGGGGCAUUGCAGGGAGGCACGCCCAUCCGCGGAGUGAGCACCAUUACGGUACACGCGGCAACAUCGUGUCAAUGGAUUCCUGAGGCGCACACACCACUUUCGCCCGCAUUGGCCUCACAUGUCACAAAUAGCCCUGAAAGGCACACGAGUGGUCACGUGACAGUUGACUAUGUGACAGUGUCCGUGACAAUCGUACA